AUGAAUAUCCAUCCUCCCAUUUCAAGAUCCACCCAGGAAAUCGUGGAGGUGGAGCUUACGGAUCUCUUGACUCAGUCACACGAAGAAGUUUCGAGUCUCCAGCGUAUAUUUGAAGCUCGAAUGGCUGAAGCCGAGCAAACACGCGAGGAUUACGAGCACAGGCAUGCCAGCGAAAUGCAGGCUUUGCAGGAAGAACUGGCGAGCUCGCGCUGUACAAUGGACCGCAUCAAACAUGAACUCCUAGAUAGCACCUCGCGCAAGCUGGAAGACAUGCACUCAGCCAUCUCGACAUCGCAGAAAGUGAUCGAAGCGGGAAUGAAAGACCAGACGCGAUAUUGGAAAUCCAUUUGCGAAGAGCUCGUCUUGGAGAGGCGAGAAAUGGCUCAAAAGUUUGCGGAGGAGCGAGGGCUAUACACAGCUCUCAAAACAUACCUCGCUGGUCACGACGAAACUAGCACAAGGACGCUGUCUCACAGCCGUGCACGGAUACGAAGGACACAAGAGACUGCUAGCAAAGUGCGCGUGUGCACCUCGUCACCUUCAGCAGCACCGACAUUUACGUCUGGAAACAAUGAAUCAAACGGUGAAUCUGCUACCUGCGCAUCCACGUGCAGCACGCCAACAGACCCUCCCUCCAGACUGGUAGUGGUUCCUAAUGCAGACAUCGCUAACAAUCCAGCUAGUGCCGAGGCUUCUCCAACGCAAAGCAAUUGCAGUAGCAGCAGCAGCAAGUCGACAUUUCGAAGGUACUACCUCGCUCAAAAGCGCGAAAACCGCGUGGUGCUUCAAUAG